CUAUCAAACCAAAUAAUACACCAAUACUACUUUGAACAUGUCAAAGCAUCUAUCUCUUGAGCCAUUCAUUUUGUACAUCAUAACUGCAUUUUCAAUAAUUUCUGCUUUUGCUGCAGCAGCUGCUUCUCAAGAAGCUACUUCUCUUCUUGAAUGGAAAGCCACCCUUCGAACUCCGAAAAAUUCAGCAUUGAGUACAUGGAGACUUUCUUCCGGUGCAAAUUCUCCAUGCUCCACCUGGUAUGGAGUUUCAUGCAACAGUUUUGGCAGUGUCACUCGCUUAAAUCUCACGGCUUCUAUUGAGGGAACUCUCGAUAGCUUCCCCUUCUCAUCUCUUCCGAAUCUCACACACAUUGAUUUUGCAGUGAAUGAUUUUUAUGGCAACAUUCCACCACAAAUAGGUGGCCUUUCCAAGCUGAUUUAUCUGGACUUGUCGACCAAUCAAUUUUCUGGGAAAAUUCCUGAGGAAAUUGGAAUGCUGAAAAAUCUUGAAGUUCUCCACCUAGUUGAGAAUCAGUUGAAUGGCUCGAUUCCUCAAGAGAUUGGAAACUUAAGCUCUCUUGUUGAACUUGCAUUAUACACAAACAAUCUUGAAGGUCCCAUUCCUGCUUCUUUCGGAAGAUUAACCAACCUGAAUAAUCUUUAUCUUUUUGAAAACCAGCUGUCUGGUUCCAUCCCUGCUGAACUCAGUUCUCUUCUCAAUCUUGUCAAGCUUUUCAUGGACACCAAUUAUUUGAUGGGUCCUGUUCCAUCCUUUUUUGGAAACUUCACAAACUUAACUUACUUGAAUCUCUUCGACAACUAUCUCUCUGGUUCUAUUCCUUCUGAACUAGGAAACUUGAAGUUCCUCAAGAGUCUAAGCCUUUACUCAAAUAAUCUUACUGGCUCAAUCCCAUCAUCAUUAGGUAAUCUUCAGUCAUUACGUCGAUUGCAUCUCUAUGAUAAUAGACUUUCUGGCCUGAUUCCUGAUGCAUUAGGGAGCUUGCAGUCGAUGAAAGAUCUAGAAUUGAGUGAGAAUAGGCUCACUGGUUCAAUUCCGGCUUCAUUAGGUAAUUUAAGCAACUUGGAAUACUUAUAUGUUCGUGAUAAUCAACUCUCGGGUCCUGUUCCACAAGAGUUGGGGAAUUUGAACUUGAUUAUGUUUGAGAUGGGCGCAAAUCAACUAUCUGGAUCUUUACCAGAAAAUAUUUGUGCUGGUGGGAAACUUACCAACUUAACUGUGAAUGACAACAUGCUCAAUGGCUCAAUCCCGAGAAGCUUAAGAAAUUGCUCAAGCUUAGUGAGACUCCGCCUUGAUAAUAACCAGCUGAAUGGAAAUAUAUCUGAAGCUUUCGGUGUAUAUCCUGACUUGGAUUUCAUAAAUCUUAACAAUAACAAGUUAUAUGGGGAGAUCUCUGAAAAUUGGUCAAAGUGCAAGAAACUAAAAUCAUUGCUCAUUUCCGGGAACAGCAUAACUGGAAGCAUACCCCGAGAAAUCAGUAAUAUUGCUAAUCUACAAAAGCUUGAUCUUUCAAAAAAUCAUCUUGCUGGGAUGAUUCCAAAAGAUAUAGGAAAUUUGAGUAAUCUUCUGGAUCUGCGUUUAUCCAACAACCAACUCUCAGGUAAUCUACCUCCAGAACUCGGACUAAUUCCAAAACUUGAGUAUCUUGAUCUGUCAAGAAACGGAUUUAACGGUUCAAUUCCAGGAACCAUAGGGAGCUCUCAGCAAUUGCAUUACUUGAACCUCAGCAACAAUGGUUUUAGGCAGGAAAUCCCCCCUGGGAUAACAAAGUUAUCUCAUCUAUCUUCACUUGAUCUUAGCAAUAACGCGCUUAUGGGGAAGAUACCAUCACAAAUAAACAGCUUGGGAAGUCUGGAGCUGCUGAAUAUUUCUCACAAUGAACUCUCUGGUUUCCUCCCAAAAGCUUUUGAUAAUAUGCCUGGUCUUUUGAUUAUUGACAUAUCGUUCAAUAAGCUUCAAGGUCCUAUCCCCAUUAGCAAAGCUUUCAUAAAUGCUUCCAUCCUAAGUGUACAAGGAAAUGAUGGUCUUUGUGGCAACAUUACUGGCUUGCAACCUUGCACAGAUCCUUCAUUAGUGGACAGAAACACUACGAAAAAAGAUCACAAAAUCAUCCUUCUUAUAAUACUUCCUUGUCUCGGAGCAUCUCUACUUCUGUGGAUGGCUAUUUGGGUCCUAGUGAUCUAUAUACGGAAGAAAAGAUCUGCAGAAAUCCAGCAAAAUGAUCAGGAAAUUCAUGAGCUGAUUACGGUGUCAAGUUUAAAUGGAAAAGAACUGUAUAGUGAAAUUUUGACUUCCACAAAGGAAUUUGAUGAUUUUUAUUGCAUCGGAAAGGGAGGAUUUGGAAGUGUUUAUAAAGCAACGCUACACUCAACUGAUACUGUAGCUGUAAAGAAGCUUUACCCAUCAUCUGAACUAGCUGAUCCUUCAGGUUUCUUUAACGAGGUGAGGGCAUUGACUGAGAUAAGGCAUCGGAACAUUGUUAAGCUUCUGGGAUACUGUUCACAACCUCCACAUUCAUUCUUGGUUUAUGAGUACCUUGAAAAUGGCAGCUUGGAAGCAGCGCUGAGUAAUGAAGUGUUAGCUAAAGAAUUGAACUGGCAUAUGAGGGUAAAUAUUAUCAAAGGUGUGGCUCAUGCAUUGUCUUACAUGCACCAUGACUGUUCACCUCCAAUUGUUCAUCGUGACAUUUCUAGCAAGAACAUUCUUCUCAACUCAGAGUAUGAAGCUUGUAUUUCUGAUUUUGGCACUGCUAAAUUGUUGAAGACAGACUCGUCGAAUUGGAGUGCAGUUGCAGGCACAUAUGGAUACAUUGCACCAGAAUACGCUUACACGAUGAAGGUAACUGAGAAAUGCGACGUUUAUAGCUUUGGAGUAUUAACAUUAGAAGUGAUCAAAGGAAAGCAUCCGGGUGCUUCUGCAUCACCAUUUACUCCAUCAAGACAGACCAUAGAGCUAAAAGAUUAUGUCGACGAAAGAAUUUCACCUCCCUCAAAAGAUAUGGAAGAGGUUCUGCUUCAGACGAUAAAAUUGGCAAACGAAUGUUUGCAUUCAAAUCCACACGCAAGGCCAACAAUGUAUACUGUUAGUCAAUUUGAGACCAAAAAAAAAUAUCAUCAACAAGACUCUUGAGUCAGUGACUCAAGGAAAUCAAUCUGUUCAAUGCAUAUACUUGUUAGUUGUUA